UCACUUUCACUCUUCCUCGGAACAGAAAAAUUGGAUAAGAAACAAGGCGGCACAGGAAGUCCCUCUUUCGCCUCACACCGUCUCAGACCUCAAACGCUCACGCAAACAUGUAUGGGUUUGCUUGAUUUUGUGAUUGGAAUCUUGGUUGAGUACAAGUAAUGUUUAACAUGGAUUUAGUAGUGCCUACAAAACAAACCCAUGAAGGGUUUUGCUCAUUUCAAUGUGUUCAUAGAGAGGGUACUAGGAACAACAUUUUGGGGGCUAGGGUUCGUCCAAACAUCAGUUCAGUGACAGUCUUCACGGGGCACAAAGAUUGCUUUCUUGUUCUAUCUGUUGACAGUGGUGAAUUGAGAAAACAAAAGGGGUUGCCAAAGCAGAGGCAAAAUAAGGUUUUUGCUGUGUCGAAGGGCGAAACACUUAGUUCUAUUGGUAGGUUGUUGAAUGUUGAGAAACCCCCAUCUGGGCAAUUGAGUUGUAAUAGUCCCUCUUGGAGUCCGGUGCAAUCUUCGAGCAAUUUCGAAGAAUUUGAGAGCAAUAAUCAUCUCCGUCGAUUGGUUAGAAAUGGGGAAUUGGAGGAAGGGUUUAAAUAUCUUGAGAACAUGGUUUAUCAGGGUGAUAUUCCUGAUAUUAUUCCUUGCACAAGUUUGAUUCGGGGGUUUUGUCGAAUGGGGAGGACUAAGAAAGCUACUAGAGUUAUGGAGAUUCUUGAAGAUUCUGGGGCUGUCCCUGAUGUAAUAACUUAUAAUGUUCUGAUUAGUGGGUACUGCAAGUCUGGGGAGAUUGAUAAUGCACUGAAGGUCUUGGAUCGAAUGAGUGUUUCUCCGGAUGUUGUCACGUAUAAUACAAUACUGCGUUCGUUAUGUGACCGUGGGAAGCUGAAACAGGCAAUGGCAGUUCUUGACCGGCAAUUGCAGAGGGAGUGUUAUCCUGAUGUUAUCACGUAUACUAUUCUGAUUGAAGCCACUUGUAAGGAAAGUGGGGUUGCGCAGGCUAUGAAGCUCUUGGAUGAGAUGAGGACUAAAGGUUGUAAACCUGAUGUGGUUACUUACAAUGUACUUAUCAAUGGGAUUUGCAGGGAAGGGAGGUUGGAUGAAGCAAUCAAUUUCUUGAAUCAUAUGCCAUCAUAUGGUUGCCAACCUAAUGUAAUUACCCAUAAUAUUAUUCUGCGUAGCAUGUGUAGUACUGGGAGGUGGAUGGAUGCUGAGAAACUCUUAGCUGAGAUGCUUCGGAAAGGCUGUUCUCCCAGUGUUGUUACUUUUAACAUCUUGAUUAAUUUCUUAUGCCGAAAGGGAUUAUUGGGCCGAGCAAUUGAUAUUCUUGAAAAGAUGCCCAAGCAUGGAUGUACUCCAAAUUCCAUGAGUUACAACCCAUUGCUUCAUGGGUUUUGCAAAGAAAAGAAGAUGGAGAGAGCAAUUGCGUAUUUGGAAAUAAUGGUGUCUAGAGGAUGUUAUCCUGAUAUUGUGACCUAUAACACUUUGCUCACGGCUUUAUGCAAAGAUGGGAAGGUUGAUAUCGCGGUUGAGAUUCUUAAUCAGCUAAGUACCAAAGGUUGCUCUCCAGUUUUGAUCACUUACAACACAGUGAUUGAUGGGCUCUCAAAGGUGGGGAAAACAGAAUGUGCUAUAGAGCUGUUGGAUGAGAUGCGGAGUAAGGGUCUUCAACCUGAUAUAAUUACUUACUCUUCGCUAGUGGCUGGGCUAAGUAGAGAAGGAAAGAUUGAUGAGGCCAUUAAGUUUUUUCAUGAUCUGGAAGGACUUGGUGUCAAGCCCAAUGCAAUCACUUACAAUUCUGUCAUGUUGGGGCUUUGUAAGGCUCGCCAGACUGAUCGUGCCAUUGACUUGUUGACUUUUAUGGUAUCCAAGGGAUGCAAACCAACUGAAGCUACAUACACCAUUCUUAUUGAAGGCAUAGCUUACGAGGGUUUGGCAAAGGAGGCUUUGGAGUUAUUGAAUGAAUUGUGCUCCAAAGGAGUUGUUAAGAAAAGUUCUGCAGAACAGGUGGCAAUCAAGAUGUAAUCGGAUGCAAGCCAUCUUUUGGGGGAUGACCGGUCACUAGUAACACAAUGCCCUUUGAUUUUGUUUCCUCUGAUUUUCAUUGUGAAUGAUAUCAAGAGUGUCUUAUUUCUUCUUCUUCUUCUUAUUGUAUCAAUCUUAGUUUCUCGUUAUGACGAGCAAAAUCCAAAGCAAUUUUGUUAGCUACUCAUGAAGUCUCAUCCUCGCUGGAUUUUACUGAAACUACUUUGUAAACUUUGGAAGCAUUUAUAUAUACUUGGGUGUCGCCGUUAUCUGAAGAAUAUAUACUUAUUCAUA